UUAUUUAUCAUCUGACCAUAUGCUCAUUGACCUUUGUCUUUGCUUUACACAACCAACUGUACUUCUGUUCAUCACAUCUCCAGAUGCUUGUCACAUUGACAAUCCUAGCUUUGAGCUCGAUACUACUGCCGGGUUGCAGUCAACAACAUGAUCCCGACUUGGAGACAGAAUUCAAAACGUGGAUGGCAAAGUACAGUAAAGAGUAUGCCAACAUGGAAGAAUUUGGGGAGAGACUCGAAUUGUUCAAGUCAAACAAAAUCAUGAUUAUGGAAGAAAACAGGAAAAUGCAGGGACACCAACUGGCUCUGAAUCAGUUUGCGGACAUGUCUCAGUCCGAGUUCAAAUCCAAGGUCCUCAUGCCCAAACGCCGUGCAUCAUCCUUUCCACCUGAACGAUAUGCACAGCGUGUGGACAUCAGAGAUGUUGACCUUCCUGAUUCGUUCGACUGGCGUGAGAAAGGAAUCGUAACUCCAGUGAAAGAUCAAGGCACGGUGGGCACGUGCUGGGCAUUCAGCACGAUCGAAAACAUCGAGAGCCAAUGGGCCAAAGCAGGACACACCUUAACAAGUUUAUCUGUCGAGCAACUCGUAGACUGCGAUAACACGGUCGAUCCGAAGAACAUGCAUGCUGAUUGUGGAGUGUUUGGAGGAUGGCCGUAUCUCGCAUAUGAUUAUAUUAAGACCAUGGGAGGGCUCGAGUCCGAGCAAGACUAUCCCUACUGUAGUGGGACCGGCAAGUGUUACCCUUGCGCUACAAGCAAGUACAACAAAACGAGAUGUGGCCCUCCGACUCCAUACUGUCGCAAGAACGACAGUUGUGAUGCAAGACUCGACAGCAUGAAGUUUGUUCCCGGAUUACGAGUUCUCGAUUGGGUCGCAAUUCGAGGAGAGGAAACAGAAAUGAUGUCACAGUUGGUAACACGCGGUCCCCUCUCUAUUCUAAUCAACGCCGAGUUUCUCCAGUUUUACCACUCGGGCGUGUGGUCGCCGCCUAAAUUUUUGUGUGGCAAUGACACAGAUCAUGCCGUCUUGCUCGUCGGCUAUGGAACAGAGAAAGUGCUGUUUGGUGAAAAGCCGUAUUGGCUGGUGAAGAACAGCUGGGGAAUGAAAUGGGGUAUGGACGGCUACUUCAAAUUGGAGAGAGGAAAAGGCAUAUGUGGUGUGGAAACUGGAGUAACAAGUGCAGUGGUGUCGUGACGUCACUAAGCCAUCAACAAUCAAACUAAAUCUGUUGUGAUGUGACUUGGAGUUUUGAUAAUCGUCAAAAAAUGUGUUUAUGUUAUUGUGUAUGUAUUCAAUAUCAUCAUCCUGGUCCUGCCUAGCCGGAUCCUUUCGUA